AUGCUCUGCCGCUUCCAUAGCCUCGCGAUCCUCCCCGUCCUCCUGCUCACGCUCAUCCUCCUCGCCGCUCCCUCCCCCGCCUCCGCGCUGAGCAUACCCCCAUCCCUCAAGGCGCCCCGGCGCGUCAAGUCGCUGCGCGGCCCCGACCAGCACCUCUGGACGAACGCCCAACGGCUCGCCGUCGGGCUGCCGCCCCGCGCGCCGCGCAUCGUGCAGCGCGCGACGCCCACGAGCCCGCUCGUCCACAAACGCACCGCGCCCAGCCCCAGUGCGAGCCCCUUUGCGUACUCCAAGGCCAGACCAGCGGUCGACGUCUCGUACUCCGGGCGCAUUGUCGCGCGGUACGCCGGGACCGAGUUCGAUGCUGGAUACGUGCGGUCCUCCGCGUCCGGUGUGAGCCUUGGCGGCGAUGAAGACAGCGCGCGCGUCGCGUUCGCGGCGUCAGGCCCGCGGGCGCUGUUCAGCAUCGGCAGCAUCGUCAAGGCGGUAACGCCCAACACCGAAACCGCGCAAGAGCAAGAACCGACCUUCCUUGGGGGAGCGGGCACGGCUGCACUCGCUUCAGGGUCCCCUAGCGCGGUCGUGCUCAACAGCGUGCCACAAACGUCUGCGCACGCACGGCCCGCUGCGGCCGGGGGCGAGUCCGCGAUCUGGAUGUUCGACGCGGCGACACAGGCCCUCACCGCACACUGGGUGAACCCUGACGGCUCGCACCCGCGGACGCGCGUCGCGGUGCGCGCGCGCGACGGCGCGCUCGUGCUCACGGGGGACGUCGCCGCGUACAACCAGGCGCACCCGGAUGACGUGGUGUACGAGGUGACGCUCUUUCUGGAGAGCGACUGAGGGUUAGACUGUCGAACGACACGCCGGCGAUCCGCCCACGAAACGAGCAAAACGCGCAGACGAGAAGACGAGAGGCCGUCGAUGACGACACGAUGAUAUACGAAGACGAAGACGACGUACGAGAUGUACCGCUACGAUGACGGACUUCCGCGCCAGUCCUCCCUGCCGCAGCGUGCGGAGCCGAGGGCUGGCGCACGCUUUCCCUCUGUAGAACCCGGACCCUGUGGUGUUACUGUACUCUGGAGCGCACCCCCUUUCCCGUCUCCUUUGUUUCCUGCCUUCGUACCGCUUCGGUGUACCACCAGACACUGGCUGCUGCCGCGGCCGCCUUCCCCGUUUUCCUUAUUAUGCCCGCCCUUUCUUGUUCUCUGCGUCGCAUGGACGAUGGACCGUGGUCUUCCUUCCCCCCUGUCGGACACUUUCUACGUUGUUGCUCUUAUUAUCUCUGCUUAUUGUUGUGCGUAACUGUAAUGCGGGAUGCGGCGUCGUGCCGCUCUCGAUCGUGUGGAUACUUGGCUCCCUGCGUAAUCUGUUGUUACCAGAAUAACAUAGACUUUGGUGUUGU